GGAUGUCGCAGUAGUAUAAGCUAAAACGACCACAUGGCCACCCGACGGCCUCCCUUGACCGAUGCGACCGCGUGCGAGAAGUCUGACCAGAAGACGCGGCGCCGCGCGUACUUUAAGACGAUGCGGCAGAUGUACCGGAACGAGGAGAAGCAGGAGCGAGAGUACCUGCUGAGAAAGAUCCGCGAGUUGGAGAUCGACAUCGCUCCUCUCAAGAAGCAUGCGACCGGAGGCAACCUGACCAAGUCCAUCCUGCCUUGGAAAGACGUUGCGAUGGGGAUGGACGAAGGGGUGAAGAUUGCGUCGUCGCAGUUGAAGGUGCUCAAGACCCAGGUCGACGCGUAUGCGGAGCAGGUGUGGGCCAUGAAGAAGUGGGUCGUUACCAACUCUGUGCUCAAGAGUGCGCUCGACAGCCGCGUGCCGACGUGGCGGGACGUGACGCUUCUGGCGCAUCCGACGUCCCGACGACUUGGGAAGGAGUGGAUCACCCUGCAAAUGUACCACAACACGGACCGCAUAUUCCAGCAGUACGGUUUCCCCGCCAUCGAUUCCCACGAGACCAUCGACUGGGACACGGAGUCCGUCACCGUCGACGGCGGCGACUACACGGUGUACCGCCGCCAGGCCAAGAUGACCGAGUCCCUGGAAGACGCGAUCGCGUACAUCGACUCGACGCUGUUGUCUGUGCAGUCGACAUAUGUGCAGCAGCAUGCCACGUCUGCACAGGCGGUGGUCGAGAUCGAAGGCAACACCAAGCAGUUUGCGAUUGUAACGCCAAGACAAGAGUAUGUGAACCUCCUCUGCGGGGAGUUCUGCACCCCCAAUCGGUGCGUGUUCGUGCUGCAGCAGAUUCUCGAUGACGAAGCAUGCAGCCAUCGCGCGUACCGCCAGCGGAAUCGCAUGUUCUGGUAAUCCCCCACUUCGUUCGUUCGUCUUCAUGGGCCAAGUUAAAGACGCUCGACAUGUGCAGGCAUGACGUGCAAGACCUGCCCAAUGGCAACACGGUCGUGCGCAGUGUGGCCAUCCACACGCUGUGCUACACGAAGGAAGGGUCCAUUGCCAUCGACGACGACGCGCAAGUGCUCCAAGUCAACAUCAACGGAUGUCCCUAUAUGAACGCUAGGAAGCCGCAAUUUCCCAGUUGGUGAAGAUAUAUAUUUAGCAAGUAACGUGAUGUGGUUCAUACUAUGAUGGAGGUGUCAACGUGUAUAUUACACAUGGUGUAUGUACUGCACCAGUCACUCGAGGGACCGGUCGGUUACUUCUUUGCGGCGUUCUUGUCCAGAAUCUUCUUGUUCCACGACGCGGCGUCGGUGAAAUCGUCGUCGUGCUUGGGCGGCUGGGUGUACUCGUACGCAGCAAGCGCGAUGCCGCCCGCAAUAGCCCAUGCGGCCAACCUAGCCAUCCAUCCAUCAACCUCACCAAGAUGUGUAUCAUGUACUUGAAUCCUUGGGACUGUUGGGACCCCCACACCUGCUUCACCUUGUCCAGAAUCGCCAUGUUGCUGUCUGUCGCUG